GCGGGUCUUUGCGUUUGAUUAGUCUUCAGCUCCAGGUCUCACAGCCUGGCUGUUCUACUGCCUCCCAAAAUCUCUGUGUGUGUGAGGACCUACCUUUUCCAAGCCACAAUCUGAGUGUGUGAGAGUGUUGGAGAUGGACAAGAGAGGAGACGUUAUCUUGGGUAUUGAAGAUGAGUCUGGUCAGCCGGUGUCAGCAUUGUCUAUCCUGUCGCUGCUAGAACGCGUCUCCACCAUCAUCGAUGGUGUUCAGGCCAGCCAGCAGCGCAUGGAGGAACGCCAACAGCAGCUUGAGACAUCCGUUGCUGCCAUCCAAUCAGAGGUCCUCAAACUGGCUCAGGAUCAUGGUGCCACAGCAACCACAGUGGACAAGCUGUUGCAGAAGGCCCGGCGGGUGAGCACUCAUGUAAAGGAGGUGCGUUCACGUGUGGAGAAACAGAACAUUCGGGUGAAGAAAGUAGAGACAACGCAAGAUGAACUUCUCACAAGGAACAAGUUCAGAGUGGUCAUCUAUCAGGGUGAGACUCAAAUUCCCUCUGUUGCUGUAACAAAAACCCCCAAAGGGGAGGGGCUUGCAAAUGUGGAGGUGGAGCCUGACGAAUACGAGAUCCCUGCAGAUCUUUCAUCUGACGAGGAAUACAUGGUGGUCGAGGAAGCAGAGUCAUCACGGGCAGCACGGCUGAAGCAAACUGGCUUGAAGAGGAUUGAGAACAUCAAAGCAGCAUUUUCUAAGGAAAACAUGAGCAAGACCCGCGAGAAAACCCGUGAGAAUCUCAGCAAAACCAAGGAAAGUCUGAGCAAGACAGGCCAAACUCUGGGUACCAAGAUCAACACCCUGGGAGAGAAGAUCAUUCCCCCUGAGCAGAGGGAGAAGAUGCGCCAGAGUGGUGAGAGGUUGAAGGAGAACAUCACGAAGAAAGCGCCCACUAUCAAACUCAAGAAGGAACGUGCCGUCGCCGAAGGUCAGGAGGGUGCUGCGGCCGAGACUGCAGUGACACCACCCAAAGGCAGAAAGUCCAGCCCAGAGGUCACCUACACAGAGGUUGUUACAGAAAGUAAGCGGGAAGGGCCUAUAUCCGAGGAGGGAGCCACUCGUAUUCUAGAAGAAGGGCAAAGCAGAUUCACCAUGGAAAUGGCAGAGAAGUGAAGUAGAUAUGUAGAAAGAGAGAAAAAGAGAGAAAACAAGAAGCAUGAAAAAGAUUUUCACAUUUUAGAGAUGAAUGAUGUACUUUAAAAGAGGGUGAGAAAGAGUAAUAGAAAUUAUAAGUGAACGAGACAGUUAGAAUGUGUAUGUGUGUGAGUGUAGAUGUAAUAGCCUAUUUCAUAGCAAAUUUGACUUGUUAAAAACCUCUCAGUCUCAAAAAAUUGUGGCAAAGAUAAAAGAAUCCAAGAUGUAGCCAACUAUUGAGACUGCAACAGUUGUCUGUACAUCAUAAUUCCCAAAUCACUAAUAAUUAUAGCUCCCAGUCAUGGGGAUCAUGUCACUGCAAAGACCAGUGUUUGUCACUCCUAGCCCUGAAGCAUCACUUGCAUAUGCACACCUGCUCCACUCCAUAAAGGGCAUGAUAAUUAGUCUGUGAGCUGAUAAAAAAAGUACUGGAAAAGUGAAGACACUAAACUGAGCAGGACAAAGGCCUCACAGAUCUGCAAGCAGCCCUUUAUAAGACAUGAGAGCAUUUCUACUUGGAAGUGUUUUAGAUAUUUCAAUUGCAACAAUGAUAUGUUUUUGUGUGUGUGUGUGUGUGUGUGUGUGUGUGUGUGUGUGUGUGUGUGUGUGUGUGUGUGUGUGUGUGUGUGUGAGAAAGAGAGAGAGAGAGAGAGAGAGAGAGAGAGAGAGGGGGGAAAUGUCUGCUUGUUUUUAUGGUAAGGUGGUCAUAUGGUAAGGUGGUCAUAAUUAUAACAUAGGGUGGUAAUUAUAAGGUUUUAAGUUGGCCAGUAUGAGUGUGUGUGUGUAUGUGUGUGCGUAAAGUAUUUCAGAAGUCUUCAGUCUCUACUUGUUACAUAUGGUAUGUACAAGAUAAAGUAACUAAAAAAAAUCUAAAGGGGGAGAAUAAAAUUAUUUCUGUUUCACCUUUCUUUCACAGCUUUGGUCUUUCUAUAUUAAGUUUUUUUUUAUAUGAUUAACUCACAUUGUUCGUGUACAAAAAACAAUUAAAAGAGUUGAAUUAAAAGGUACUGAAGUAACAAAAAUGUA